AUGCCGGAUAUUAUGCAUGCAGGAACCAUUGAAUAUGGAUUGUUCUACAAGAAUGAUGAAAAAUCAAAUUUAUUUGGUUUUAUUGAUAAUGACUAUGCAGACAAUCUUGAUGAUAGAAAAAGGCUGGCGAACCAAUUGUCUUCACCAAUGCCAAGGCUGUUGGUUCCAUGCAAGGGAACUACAAGGCAUACUCGCAUCUCGAAAACACCAGGGAACUACAAGGCAUACUCGCAUCUCGAAAACACCCACAAAGCACAAGACAGCGGUACCAUUGUCACCUCUUUACCAAGAACAGGCACAAUUUGGCUGAAACCAUCAGCAUAUGCAAUCGUAAACCAUAAAAAUCUCGUGGGCAUCGAUUGCCAGAAUCUCAUCUCAUCAGAUCCUCAUGCACUUGUACCUAUCUUUGAGUACAAGGUAAACGGAACCAGCCAGCUUCCUGACUUCUCUGGUCUUCCAUCUCCUCGACCUUUUACCACUCAUGUUCCAUAUUCACUGUUGCCAGAAUCCAUCAAGAGCAGCAAGUGUCGAGUUCUCUAUAUUUGCCAUAACCCAGGAGUUAAUUUUGUCUCCUUGUGGCGAAUGCAAGUAAAACUAGGCCUAAAUUGCUUGAAGACGCAUUUGACAUGUAUUGCAAAGGAGUCAGGGCAUGUGCCGGGUCCAUACUGGAAGCAUGUGUUGGGAUACCGGAAACAAAGCUUAGAGAAUCCAGAAAAGGUAAUGUUUAUGAAGACAUGA